AUGCUAGGCGGCAUACCAGUCGCAGUCGUCGUCAUCGUCGCUGCCGUAGUCGAGGCGUCGUCGGCUCGCGCCACCAUUCAUCUCUUCAUCUCCUCAUCCUCCGCUCAGGGUCAGGAAGCCAAGCCACCGGCUUCAGCCGCGUCCGCGCAUGCAUCCGCCUCCUCUGCCGUCAGCGCCAAGCUCGCCCUGGGUCGCUUCGCCACGGCCACGAACAGCGAGUUCAGGAUGCCGAUCUACCCCUCCACGACCGACAGCUCCGCCUUCAGCUCUCCGACGUUCGUCCCGUCCACAAGCUCGACCAACUCGUGGCCGAAGGACCCCUUCUCCCCGAGCUCGCGGACGUGGACGACUAUGGGCCGCCCUCCCCGAAUCAUCGCGAACGACCCGUAUCUCAAGGGCUGGAAACGCCACGAUCUUCGGGAACGCGACACAGUGGAGGGCGGCGCCGCCCGUUGUGUACUUCAUGGACGGCUCCAGUGGCAUUUAGACAACUCGCGCUCCGUCAAGGAAGCAUCAAGGCGUUCGCGUAUGCUACCGCAUGACGAUGAUACUGCGUGGGGGGACAGGACGUGGGAGGAGAUUCAGAACGCAGCUGGAACGGCACGACUCCUUUCGGCCAGACACCGACAAAUGGAACGCUGCGCACUUCCUCGACACGCUGAGAUGUCCGCGGCGUACGCCAUCGCCUACGACUGGCUGUACGAAAUGUGGUCGCAGGACCAGAAAAAACAAGAUGAUCUUCACGCUCCUAAAGUACGGGCUCCAGCUGGUCUGUCACAGUUCACGACCGGCUCUGGCUGGUGGGCCAACAACAUCACCGGCACUGGAAACUGCGUGGGCAAUGGCGGCCUGACCCUUGCGUCGUUGGCUAUCUCGGAGACGAUGGCAGCCGGUGUUCCAGAACAACUGCUGGCCAAGACCGUCCCGAAUGCAGUGGGAAAUGUUGCCAAGGCCGUUUCGCCAGAUGGGACCUGGGCCGAGACCGCAAACUACUGGUACUUCGGUACUACGGCUCACGCCGAGAUGGCCUCGUCUCUCAUCAGCGCUACUGGAUCUGACUAUGGCCUGCUGGAUACCAACACCGACUUUCUACAGGAAGACGGGCGAUUUCAAUUCUCCACCACGCCAAACUCGAUGUUCUGUACGCGGAUCACUACAACGAGCCGCAGUAUGCGCUGUUUCAACGCGGAUAUGGCGGACGCCGCUGAGCCGUGGUCCAUGUUCUGGUAUAACCCCUCGAUCAAGGGCGCGUUCUGGGGGACGGCAAACCUCUCGACCACUUCUUCAGCUCGGGCACGGAUAAGGGCUUCGAUGCGGAGCGCCUGGACGGACAACAACGCGCUCUACGUCGGCAUCAAAGCCAGCACGCUGCGCUUCCACCAGACGCACAACGACCUGGACGUCGGAGACUUUGUCCUC